AUGUCCGCCACUCUCGGUCGCUCCUACAACGGGAGUGCUGAGAAUCCGAGAAUAAAUACUACUGGACCCAGUGUCCACGAAGUCCAGGGCGAGGGUAACCGAUAUGUCGAAUUAUCAGACUUCCCUCUCGCAGCGGGAAAGACUAUCGAUUCGAGAGGCCCUAACUACCGAAGCAGCGGCAAUAUGUCGCCUUAUAUUGCUGGCAGUAUAAAUGAGCGCGCCGAAAAGCAUAAACAUUAG